CGUGGCCCAUCAUUCCAACUCUCUCUAACGAACAAAUUUUAAAAAACUCAGAGAGAGAAAAGCGUAAUCACGUAACGGAAAACACAGAACAGAACAAGCAACCAACCAACAAAAUAGCUUCCCUUCUUCUCCUUCCUCUUUUCUUCUUCUUCCUCCUUCCUCUCCUACUCCUCUUUCGCUCUUCCACACUCUCACUUCUUCCCUCUCAGCAUAAACCAAUGGACACCUUGAUCGCACUCGUCAACCGAAUUCAGCGCGCCUGCACGGUCCUCGGCGACCACGGCGCCGAUACCGCCGCCUUGCCUACUCUGUGGGAAGCCCUUCCCUCCGUCGCCGUCGUUGGCGGCCAGAGUUCUGGAAAGUCUUCAGUGCUGGAGAGCAUUGUCGGCCGCGACUUUCUUCCCAGGGGAUCAGGGAUUGUGACGCGGAGGCCUUUGGUGCUGCAGCUGCACAAAGUAGAACAGCGACAACAGGAGUAUGCCGAAUUUCUGCACUUGCCUGGGAAGCGAUUUACUGAUUUCUCUAUGGUUCGAAAGGAAAUUGAAGAUGAAACUAAUAAACUGACUGGGAAAUCAAAACAGAUAUCUCCGGUUGCUAUUCAUCUCAGCAUCUAUUCCCCGAAUGUUGUCAAUCUAACACUGAUAGAUCUGCCUGGUUUGACAAAGGUUGCUGUAGAGGGACAGCCAGAAAGUAUUGUUCAAGACAUUGAAAACAUGAUUCACUCAUAUGUCGACAAGCCCAAUUGCUUAAUUUUGGCCAUUACUUCAGCAAAUCAAGAUAUAGCAACAUCAGAUGCCAUCAAGGUUUCCAGACAAGUUGACCCUGCAGGGGAAAGAACGUUCGGUGUGUUGACAAAGCUUGAUUUGAUGGACAAAGGAACAAAUGCUCUCGAUGUCCUUGAGGGAAGAUCUUAUCAACUUAAAAACCCUUGGGUUGGAGUUGUAAACCGUUCUCAGGCAGAUAUUAAUAGGAAUGUGGAUAUGAUUGCUGCUCGGCAGCAGGAGCAUUCAUUUUUCACUACCAGUCCUGAUUACUCACACUUGGUCAGCCAAAUGGGCUCGGAAUAUCUAGCAAGGAUUCUCUCAAAGCAUUUAGAGUCUGUGAUAAGAACUCGGCUUCCAGGAAUUGCAUCUUUAAUUAAUAGAAACAUUGAUGAGCUUGAAGCAGAGUUGGCACACCUUGGUAGACCAGUUGCUGUUGAUGCUGGGGCACAGCUGUACACUAUUCUAGAAUUAUGCCGUGAUUUUGAACGAGUAUUUAAGGAGCAUUUAGAUGGAGGGAGGCCAGGUGGAGAUCGAAUUUACGUGGUUUUUGAUUAUCAGCUUCCUGCUGCAUUGAGAAAGCUUCCACUGGACCGUCAUUUGUCGUUGCAAAAUGUGAAAAAAGUUAUUUCAGAGGCAGAUGGGUAUCAACCUCAUCUAAUCGCUCCAGAGCAAGGUUACCGACGCCUUCUGGAGAGCUCACUUCAUUAUUUCAAAGGUCCUGCACAAGCUUCUGUGGAUGCUGUUCACUUCGUAUUGAAGCAACUCGUGAGAAAGUCAAUUGCAGAAACGCAGGAAUUGAAGCGCUUUCCAACUCUUCAAGCUGAAAUAGCAGAAGCAGCUAAUGAGGCGUUAGAGAGAUUCCGUGAAGACGGUAAGAAGACAACGUUACGGCUGGUGGAAAUGGAAUCUUCCUAUAUCACUGUCGAUUUCUUCCGGAAGCUCCCUCAGGAAGUUGACAAGGGAAAGAAUCCAGCUUCCUCCUUGUUAGUUGAUCGGUAUGCCGAGGAACACUUCCAGAGGAUCGGUUCAAAUGUUUCAUCUUAUGUUGGGAUGGUGUCACAAACAUUGAGGAAUACCAUUCCAAAGGCUGUGGUUCAUUGUCAAGUGAGGGAGGCUAAGCGAUCUUUAUUAGACCGUUUUUAUGCACAACUGGGCAAAAAGGAGGUAUAAUACAAAACCCUUCUACCAUAUCAA